AAAAGCUCAGCCAUUUCUUAGAGAGAGAAAGAUAGAAGAAAACGAAGGUAGUUGUGUGAGCACGUUUAGGAAGAGAGAGAGAGAGAAGUGUUUUCAGACAAAAGGGUUGAUAUCUUAGGAGGAAAGGAAGCUUUAUUAUUUCUUCUUUGUUAUGUCAUAGUUAAGUUAUCAAUGGCAAAGAACGAAGACCCAGAAAGAGUUUCUUUUUCAGGAGCAACAGUACCGCCGCCGCCGCUGGGAUUGGUGCGUCCCACUCUGACACUCCCGCCUAGACCUUCCAUGGAAGCCUUUUUCAGCGGUGGAGCUGGAGCGAGCCCGGGACCCUUGACCCUUGUGUCUAGAUUCUUUGCUGAUAGUGGCCCAGAUUCGGAUUACCGUUCCUUCACUCAGCUACUUGCUGGUGCCAUUGCCUCGCCUCUCGCCAGACCCACUUUUAAUUUCGAUAACUCAGCUGAUAAUUACGCGAAAGGAGGAGAUGGGAGGGACAAGGAUUCUGGGUUUAAGCAGAGUAGGCCCAUGAAUUUGGUGGUUGCUGCUAACUCCCCAUUGUUCAUGGUACCACCUGGGUUGAGCCCCUCUGGGUUGUUGAAUUCCCCAGGCUUCUUUUCGCCUCCGAGUCCAUUUGGAAUGUCACACCAGCAAGCCUUAGCACAAGUCACUGCUCAAGCUGCAUUUGCUCAGUCUCAGUUUCCCAUGCAAGUUGAAUAUAAGCCUUCUUUAGUAUCAGCAGCCUCUACUGAGACACACACACAGUCAGUUGAGCCAUCGUAUAUAAAGUCUGAAGUGUCUCAACAGCAACAGCAGGCGGUGCCCUCAACUUCGGAGCAGAGAAGUUCAGCCAUGGAAUCAUCAGGGCCCUCCCAUUCUGAUAGGAAGUACCAACCUCCUCCUGCUGUUAGUGAUAAACCUGGAGAUGAUGGAUUCAACUGGCGAAAAUAUGGACAGAAACAGGUUAAGGGUAGUGAAUAUCCUCGAAGCUACUACAAGUGUACAUACUCGAAUUGCCCUGUUAAAAAGAAGGUUGAGCGGUCUCCAGACGGCCAGAUAACUGAGAUUAUAUACAAAGGGAUGCAUAACCAUGAAAUGCCUCAACCCAAUAAGCGUGCCAAAGAUAGUCAUGAUACAAAUGGACAUGCAAAUAAUCAGGUUAAGUCAGAAAUGAAUUCACAGAACAGGAAUGGUGGAAAUUUGCAGAGGCCAAAUGAAACUGGACAAUCCCAGCUGGGGCAUGAAAGGGAUCGUGAAUCUGCUCAAGGAGCACCUGUACAGGUACCAGGCUCGAGUGACAGUGAAGACUUAGUUGAUGCAGACGUCAGAGAAGAUGAGGGGAAUGCGGAUGAGCCAAAUGCGAAGAGAAGGAACAUAGAAGUUGGAACAUCUGAGGUGUCCUUGUCACACAAGACAGUCACAGAACCAAAAAUCAUCGUUCAAACAAGAAGUGAAGUUGACCUUUUAGACGAUGGCUACAGAUGGCGCAAGUAUGGCCAGAAAGUAGUCAAGGGCAAUCCUCAUCCGAGGAGCUAUUACAAAUGCACUAGCACGGGAUGCAACGUUCGCAAACAUGUUGAAAGAGCUUCUACCGACCCUAAAGCUGUCAUUACUACGUACGAGGGAAAGCAUAACCACGAUGUUCCUGCAGCUAGGAAUAGUAGCCACAAUACAGCUAACAAUAAUGCACAUAGUUAAAACCAGUCAAGGUUGUUGCUGAGAAGCUUACUAUAAACAAGGAUUAAAAACAAGUGCUUUUGCAGCAGCUGAAAGACGAGCAUAAUUACCGCGCAAGUUGAAUAGUCAAUUUCAAUCAACUAACAUGGGGGGAAAAUGAAGAAAUUUAGCAAAGAAAUGAGAUCACUUGACAGGUUUACAAGGGGUAAUAGUUGCUGAUUUGUAUGUUUCUUUCACCCUUUUUUGUAUUAUUAUUUACUUGUUUAUGCACAGGGUCAGGCACAAUACCCUGCUCGAGGUCUUGUACAUUAUACACUAUGAAAUGUUGUUUAUAUUAUUAUUAUUAUUACCCACUAGAAUGGGAGAUGGUUGUA